GGAACAAACGUAAAUCUUCUUGUUUCUGCCGGUUUACAAAACUGGUGCACAGGCGGUUUACUUCAAAACAUCAUGGCGUCGAAAAGAACAUCAACAGUGCCAAGUAGUUUUAAAGCUGCUUCCACCGACGCUAAAAGCUCGAAAAGUGGGGGCAAUGCUAAUAAAGCGACCAUCAGUGGAACUGGGAAGAAAAGUGUUAAAUCAAGUGGGACUGUUGUCAAGUCUCGCUACAUGCAGUCUGCUGAGAAAUCAUCUCUUUCAAAGAGUAACUCACUGACAAAUGAGUCUAUUGCUGUGCCACUGAGGCCUUCCUCACCUAAACCCAGUGGUGUCAAACCGAGAGUGGGCACUCCACCCAGACGCUCACUGGCCCCACAGGCUCUACCAACAUCAAUGAUGUCAAAUGAAACUGCACUUGGGAAAAGUAUUCUGCAGUCCACUUUCUCAGAUGGACACUGCUUUCGACCAAAUUUUGAUAUUUCAGUAAUUAAAGAAAAAACGAUAAUUGAAAAUGCAGUAGAGCCCGAAAGAAAUCCAGAGCUUGAGAAGAGGGAUAUUGAGAUGCAAACAUUCCUACUGGCCUACCUCACAGCUAAGAUGGAGAGCAAUUCUGCGAAGCUCAAGGCUGAGGCAGAGGCAAGGAUCAUGCAGGAGAUGGAGGAAGAAGAGGCGUUGCAUAAUGAGGUCCAGGAGAAGAAACGCCAUUACCUCCUCAUGGAGAAGGACAGCCUAGUGAACGAGCUGCUGGAUUUACAGAUUGCUGCUCUGACUCCCUUGGCAGAAACUGCCAAGCAGUUCACAAAGGACUACAAGUCUUUCGCCACAGCUGUUGACACCACCCGACAUGAGCUGCCUGUCAAGAACUUCUACAUUGACGGGGACAGAAAGGAAUUUCUAGAUAAAGCUGGGACUUGCCUGAAGGAGAGUGAGAAGUUGCUAAUGGAGUGCACAGAGGGAGAUCAUAAGGACAACAGCACUUGUUUAGAGUGCCUUCGCGACAUGAAAACAACAUCAAAGAACAUCAGCCAGGAGCUGUCAGGUACAUUUUCAGAGCUGCUGGAGCUGUCAUCAUUGGCCUGCCGCCACACAGUCCAUGUACAGCAGGCCAAGGAGGAAGACCAGCUUGGCACUGCAAGAAUCCACGAGCUCUACUGCCCCAAACAGUGAAGAAUACCACACAGCAUGGGAUAUGCAGUAUCCCCGUUUCCCUAGUUUACAUAUCUGCACCAUACUGUCUGAUUUCUUUGCAACUGUAUUAUAUCUUGUAAAUGUUGAAUACUAUACUUUAAUACUUUCAUAGAUGGAACAUUGGCAAUUAUUACACAAUAAAAAUAUAAAUACAAA